AGAGAGGCCGAAGAAGAGCACUUCCGUGUUUUUUACCGGAAAUGAUUGGUUGGCAUUGGCAACGUUUUAGCUAAAUCUAGCGUCGUAUACAGCAUAAAGAAACCUAAAGAAAUAUUUUUAAAGAAUUCCUCAAGGAUACUCGCCACAGAGCAGUGAGGGGAGAGCAGUAUUGUAAACAGGAUGACAAGCUCAUCUGCUCCCAGAAUGGUGAAUAGUUACAAGCGGACUACAAGCCCCAGAUCACCUACCAACUGCGGGGAGCUCUUCACCCCAGCACAUGAGGAAAAUGUGCGUUUUAUUCAUGAUACAUGGCAGUUUGUGCUCAGAGAAAUCAGAUCAGCACAGAACGCAGAGCGUAAUGACCGUGGACCACAGGAAUAUGUUGAGAAGAAUCCAAAUCCUAACCUACACUCUUUCACGCCAGUGGACUUGACUGACCUCAAGAAACGUAACACACAGGACUCAAAGAAGUCCUAGUCCUCGAGAUGGUCCGAGCACUUUUAUCCUCCCCAAGCGUCAUCAUCGAGAACUUUUCCCCUGACAUCCAAAGUCAGCCCUAUUUGCCAGUCUGAGGCAGAAUGCCAAACAAUUUUCCGUGAACUUUGAACUACAGCAAGCCCUCAUCUUUACACCCUAGAAGUGACGAAGAGUUCCACUUGUUAAAAAUUUGUCGCGAAUCAUAUUGAAGGCCACACAACUCCGCUAAUCUAUGAAAAAGGACGGAUAACCCUUUCUCAGAUGUUGUUGGCGUCUGAUGCUGAGGUACAAACUGUUCCAUCGGACACAAAAGACUGCAGUCUUUACUACUACGUACAUGAUUCUGGGGGAAGAUGAUAAAGGGCUUUUCUGUUUUGUUUUAUUGUUUUUGUAAAAAGGUAGUCGGCUAGAUAAGGUGUAGCAUGAAAGAUGCGACGCAUCGGAUGCACACUUGAGCAUAUUUGAAAAGCCAAAUGCCAUGCCAAUGAUCUUAAUCCGAAAUUGUGUUUUCCCUGAAACAGGCUUCAUUAAGAAAGCUCCCAAAGUAUUCUCAAUUGACUAACCCCUCUUCCAAAAGCCUUGCAACAAAAUGUUGAAUAAAAAUACUUUUACACUAAACCUUCUUGUAUUCAUCUACCACGGAUAUUGACAACAUGUACUCUUCAGUGUACUAAAUAUCCCAGGUCAGAAUGCAACACAAUUGAAACCUUUCAGAAAUCUGUGAAUGACAUCUUUCCACAUUGUAUUUUCUGUUACCUAAAUACAAACAAAAUGAACUGAGGACACUGUUUAGAACAUCUCAGCAUUCCAUAGCAAUGCCCAGAUACCAUACAAAUAUCGCCCCUGGGACAAUAAACAGAAAAGGAAUGAAACUA